AUGUGGAAAAAAUUUUUUUUUCCUUUUUUUACAAUUGUAUCUUUGUUCUUAUUUUUUGAUGAACAUAAUGCACUAUUAAAUGAAGAAAAAAAUGAAAAAGCAAUUUUGUUAGCUUUAUUAAAAAAGACAUUCGUGGAUAAAAAAGAGUUAAAAACUCACGAUGAUUUAAAGAGUGAAAUUCAAAAUAUAAAAAAUUUGCAAUUAUAUCCAAAUGAUUAUGAUAAAUUUGAAAAGUUUUUACAAUCCUUUUUCAAGUUCUAUGAUAUUCCUGCUAAAAUUUACGAAGAAGAAAAAAGAAUACUACAUUUAUCUGGAAUAUUUAAUGAAUUUUAUGUUGAUACAGAUUUAUUAAAUGAAGAAAAUAUAAAUAACCAUUUUAAUGCUAUUAAAGAAAAAGCUCAUAAUUUAAUUAAUUUUAUAUUCAGCAGUCAUAUAAUAUUUCCUCAAUAUGAUAAAGCUAUAGAUGAAAAACCACAUGAAAAUGAAAAAAAAAUUCUUCAUCAGAACGAGAGUUUAGAAUAUAUAGGACAAUUACUUAAAUAUUUGUUUGAUUUAAAAAAUAAUAAUUUAAAUAAUUCUAAUGGUGAUUUUAUUAUAAAUUUAAUUACAAAUUAUGGUAAUUUUAUGAAUCCAUAUCCUGCUAAAGUAUUACCUAAACGUAAAGAUUUUAAUGAAUAUAAUAGAUUACAUAUAGAAGAAAAGGAAAAAAAAGUUAAUGAAACAUAUGAUGAAGUUGAUCUUAAUGAAUAUGAAGAAGAAGAAGAGAAUAAAGAAGUAGACGAAAAAGAAGAAGCAUAUUUCUAUAAUGAACAUGAUGAUGAAGAUGAAUUGAAUGAAGAAAAAACUAUAGAACAAAAUGAGAACACGGAAAAACAAUAUCCAGGAAUCAAUCAAUAUGAGAAAAAUGAAAAUAAAAAACAGAUAAAACAAAAAGAAUCUGAACAUACUCAUAGAGAAUAUAACGGUAAAAAAGGGUCUCAAGAAAAUGAACAAGUUGAUGAUUCUGAUAAUGAACAUUUGAAUGAAAUAGACGAACAAGAAAUUCAUGACGAAGUACUCUCUGAAGUCUUAAGUUCUUUAUACAAUCCAUAUCUUAGGUUUAGAUUAUCUAAUGAAUCAAGAAAAAUCCCAAUAGAUAAAAAAAAUUUUUUAGAAGAUUAUGAUAUUGAGAAAUAUAUGAAUAUUUUAAAAAAUAAAGAUAUUCCUAGUAAAAAAGUUCCUAAUAAGAAUUCUAAGAGAAAAAAGAAAAUAAUAGCUUUUUUUAAAUAUGUAUUAAAUAUUUUAAGAUUUAUCUUAAUUCCUGACAGAAGAGAUUUUUUGUUUUUUGAUUUAAAAGAAAAUAAUAAUGAAAACCAAAAUGGAAUUAUUAGUUUGAAAAAUAGCAGAAAUUAUCCAAUAAUGAAACAAAAAAAAAUAAAAAAUAUUAAAAUAAAAAAUAAAAAGGACAUUGAAAAUGAAGAAGAUUUAAAACAAAUUAAAAACACAAUGUUUGCAAAAAUAGGUCAAAAUGGAUCAAAUGGAUUUUUAAAUUUUUUUGAUUUUAGAGAAAAUUCAUUAAAAAAAAAUCUUCAAGAUUUAUUUAAAAUAAUGGAUGAAUUGAAAAUAUUUAAUAUAUUUGAAACAGUAAUUUUUGUUCAAAAAUUCAAGGAAAAUAUUUGUGCCUCUUAUUGUAUGGAUAUAACAGACGCUGUAGAAGUAUCUAAUUUUGAUUUGUUUUUAUAUAAGAAGAUGAAUUUCACUUAUACAGAUGAAAGUAUGACUAUAAAAACAAAUAAUUCCAAUGAAAUUAAUUUGGCACAAUUUGCAAAAAUACUUGCUUUAUUAAAUAUAAAUGGAGAAACUAUAGCUUUAAAUUGCCCAUGCAAACAUUAUUCUGACAGAAUUAUUUCUUACUGUAAACAAUAUAAAAGAAUUUUAAAAGCUUACUUCACAAAAAUAGAAAAACUUAAUUAUAUAAAAGAAUUUUCUCCUUCUUUUGCAUUAAAGCGAUUGAAAGUUUUUCAAGACAAAUUAACUAAAAUAAAAAACAAUGAAAAUAAACAAACAGUUAAUCCUAUAUAUUAUGGAGAAGAAGGUUAUCGCAACUCAGCUAAUUAUCACAAUAAUCAAUAUUUCCCACCUAUUGAUAAAUUAGAAAAUAAAGGAUACGCUACUGAUGAUUUUAGAUUCCCCGACAUAGAUGUCAUUAACUUUUACUACAAUGGUACCUUAAUAAAUAUAAAUGAAAUGGCUGAUGUUACAAAAAUUAUUAAUGAUGAAAUAAAAUCUAAAAUUUUCUAUAUUAAUUCAUAUAGAAUAGGAGACCAAUUCUUUACUACAUAUAGUAAUUUAGGAAAAGAUGAUCAUGAUAUGCAAAUGUUAGGAAUACCUACUCCUCAUAAAUUAAGUGGUUUAAAUAAUUUAUACAAAAAAUUAAGAGGUUUUAAUUAUGAUAACUUAAAAUCAAUGUAUACUUAUAAUAAAGACAGGAAAAAUGAUAUUCUAUCCUUUCAUGAGACACAAGAUGAUAAUGAAUGGAUACCUCUAGAAAAACCACCAAAUCAUGAAGACUUUUAUAAUAAGAAAAGACUAUACACAGAUAUGUUUGAUAUUAAGGAACCUAAAGUAGACGAAAAUAAAUUGAGAGAAUAUAUUAACGAUAAAUAUGUUUUAAAUAUGGAAGAAGAUGAAAUAAAAAUAUCAAAUAAUAAUAUAGAUGAGGAAAUAAAUAAUAAAAAUGAGGAUACUAUUAAUUUGAAAAAUGCACCUACAUUGAAAAAUAACGUUUCAGAUGAAAAUAAUACUUCAAAAAGAGUAAUAAAUUCAAAGUACUUAAUUUUUUUUUUUAAAAAUAUGCACGUAUGGAAAGUAUAUACCUACUGCUUAAAUAUAGACUAUAUUAAUAGGUUAUUAAAAAACAUGAAUUAUGAUGAAGAUAUUAUAUUUGAAGAAAAUUAUAGUAAUAACAAGAUUACUUAUUAUUUUACUAGUGAUACAAAUGUUAAACAUGAAAUGGAUAUGGAGUAUUUUGUAUUUUUAUUAGAAAAAGUGUCGUUACUUAUGUAUAUAGAAGAUUUAUGUGACAUUUAUAAAUACGAAGAAAAUAACAUAAAUAAAAGAAUGGAUGAAUUUUUAGAAAAUAAAACAAGUACUCAUAUAUUCUUAGAAAAAAGAAUUGCAUCUACUGGAGAAAUUUAUGAGAAAAAAAAAAUAUAUGCAAAUGAGUUAUCAGGUAUUUCAAGCUCUAAUUUGUUUGAUACUAAAAAUGACAUAACUCUAAAUAACUUACCAUAUAAUAAUUUUAUAUUAGAUGAAAAUGAUCUUUAUAAAAUUUAUUUGAUAUAUAUGGAAGAAGUAUUACAAGAAAAAUUAAUUAAUGAAACUUGGGCUAUACCUUACGGAUUCAUGAUUUACAAUAGAAAACGAAAAGAUAGUGAAACCCAUUUGAAAAUUAUACAAAAUGGUUAUAUAACCAAAUACAGUAGAAUUCCAUUGGAAAGAUAUGUGUAUUAUGAAUAUAAAAGAGUUUCUAGUGCUUUGGAAGGUCAUCAUGGUCAACUUAACAAUAAUGUAUCUGAAUAUACUGAAAAUCUAAAAGUAUAUAAAUUAAUCAUAUAUAGUGAUAAUCCUUCAAUGGCAAAUAUUAUUAUUAAUACAACAGUUAACGUUUUUAACAUUGCCUUUUUAAAAUGUAUAAUGGAAGUUUUAUUAGAUAUUAGAGGACAACAACAAUUUUUUUCAUAUAAGGGGAAAUAUUUACCAAUUAAUACAUUUAUUGUACUAGAUGAUGAAAUAAAUUAUCUUUUCUUUAAUUAUAUACCAAAUGAAAAUCAUAUUCAUGGUCAAAUGCCCUCCUUAUAUUAA